UGGAGUUGUAUCUCAGAGAGAGUUCCCUCUGGCUGUGUUCCUGUAAUAAUAGCCUAAACUUGCUCAGUGAGGAAGGCGCUGCUGAAACGUUUUUGCCUAGCCUUGAGUAUUCCCACUGUGAAUCCCAUUGUUUAUGGGAAGGGGUGAUGUAUGAGGGUAGGGCACUUUGAGCCCUAGACAAGGGCUCAAAAUGAACAAAGAACAAGAACAAAGCUUCAGUUCAGCGUUGAUGGAUCUACCUUCGGGAUUUCGUCCAUCUUUUUACUUCCUGCCCAAUGGCCAGUUAAAGACAAAAGACAUGGAAAUUUAGCCUCUUAAUUAUUCUCAUAGGUCCUGAAAUUCCCGUGAUGAGGAGCCACCACUUCCGGCGGCUCAUCUUCUCCGGCUGUUUCUGCCUCUGUUGACCAUUCAGGGUAGCUCCCAGAAUGUUCCGGGAAGCCCUACACAUGAUUUUCAGUAAAAGUUUUAUUGAUCCUCGUGAAUCCUUUGCCUGUGCUAUCAGGCACCAGCCUUCACCGUCCACUGUCCCUGAAACUGCUACCAGGCCUCCAGAACUUCAAACCCCUCUAUACUAUCAUCCGUAUUUUCGCAGCGCAGGGUCUGUUUGUGUGAGGAAACGGAGGAAACAGAUUAUUCAAAAUCAACGCGUCUUCUCCUGGGGGAGUGUGGACUCUUUCCGAACUGCCCUUCACUACACAUGGUAGUAAAGAACUACAAAUCCCAGCCAUCAAAAAACAAAGAUCCCAUCGGAGUAAGACCACGUCAUUUAUUCAUGGCCAAGAUGAAUAAAACACGAUUGUGUGGUAUUUUCUCUGUGAAAUGAGGAGCACCAACUCAAGUAAGAGCUCUGCAUUUAUUAAGCUAUGGAGGCAGUUUGUAGCUGUACAAUGAGGCAGAUUCUAAAUUUAUAUUUGUAUUUAACAUUUUGCAUCCCUUCACCUAUUUCCGUUUGUCAUGUAUUGAAAUGAAAGUUAAGUUUAGUUAAAUAAAGGAUUUUUAGAUAUAUUACUGAAACUAGACGGUGUGAAUAUUAUACAAUUUCUUUGUCAUUUUUAGGUUCACAAUUCAACAUGCAGACUGGACUCUCGGGCAAUUCAACAUCUUCCCCCCCUUUUCCUAUCAUCAAGGUGUGUGUGAUGGUUCCCUUCUUCUCCAUCUUCCUCUUCUGUAUCGUACUCAUGCUCUACAUCUUCGCAUCUAACCGGCACUUCAUGGACAGCACUCGCUACAUCUUGUUUGCCUUCAUGCUGGUCAACGACGCCCUAGUAAUGUUGUCCUCUGUACUGCUCUUGUUCCUGGCUGCCGCCCAGGCGAGGUUCCCCAUUGUCUUCUGUGCCCCCCUGCUGUUUUUCUCCACUGCUUCCUUCCUCAACACCCCUCUCAUCCUAGCUACCAUGUCCCUGGAGCGCUACGUGGCUAUCAUGUACCCACUGCAGUGCCCACCUGCGUGGCGGUCCGACCGCGUCUGGAUCAUCUUGCUGUGCCUGUGGCUCAUCAGCUGUGUCCUCCCCACGGUGGACUUCUCCAUAGCGGGGGCUCGUCCCCACGUGGACGUCCUCUCCACGCCCGUCUAUUGCAGCACCGUGGUGCUCAACUCCUCUCCCGUGCAGACUCUGUUCAAGGUCUCUCUGAAUGGGUUUUUCUUCGGGGCGGUGGCGCUCAUGAUCCUCUACACCUACAUCAAGAUCCUCCUGGAGACCAAGAAGAUGAGGCAGGACAGGGCCUCUGUGAACAAAGCCAUGCACACCGUGCUGCUCCACGGCUUUCAGCUGCUGCUCUGCCUCUUGGCCUUCACUAAUCCCAUCUCUGAACAGCUCCUCGUGCUGCACGCCAACUGGUUACCCGACGACAUCUACUUCUUCAACUACUUCUGUUUUAUCCUCAUCCCGCGUUUCCUCAGCCCACUCAUCUACGGCUGGCGGGACAAGAGCCUGAGAGACCACAUGAGAAGAGCAGCUCUGUGCUGCUCUUGUGGCUUCAGGACGCGUGACACGGAGAAGACAUUGUCAUAAUUCAUAAAUCUAGCAUAUUUACAGUUUCAAGAUGGGCUUUUGUAGCGGGGCCAGGUUCAGGGAUCUAUAUGAAGCGACAACUGUGUAAGAAGUUUAGAUAUUUUGUAUAAAUUGUGUGCCAAACAAGGCAAAUCUAUUUAUAUAGCAACCUUCAAAAAGAAAGGACAUUCAGUGUGCCUUGGAGCUAAAGACAAUAAAAUGGUAGCAUUGAUGCCAUAAUCGAUAAUGUUUCUUAAUUUCAAGGGCUAAUUUGAAGAUAAGCAUACUAAUUCUGAAUGU